CGCUCUGCCACAGACUGAGGUGUGGCAGCUUCAUCCCACUGGGAAAAACACUGGAAUAUUUGUUCUCAUCAUUUUUUUUGUGCGGGUGAUAAAUGUGUGUUCAGAGAGGGUGUGUACAGAGCUACUGGGGUCGUGUUGCAAGAGGGAGGUUUUCCUCAGCGAUGGCACGUAUCCUAGUUAAAAAAAAACAUCACCAGGCACCUCCCUUCCAGGUAACUCUUGCCACUUUGGAACUUGGCAGCUCCAGCAGAGGAUCUCAGCAGCAGAUCUCACUAAAAUACUAACAUGACGGAGUCAGCUGAAGCUGUAGCAGCCGAUGUGGACAGCAAGAGAAGUGUCACCAUUGAAAUCUUAAAUAUCUCCAACAACUACUGCCUCAUCAACCCAAAGGUGUACCUUGAGAAUGGGGAAAUAUACAACCCACCUCAGCCAACGGUGCGCCCCCUAAAGACAGAGGUGUGCACCUUCACUAAGGGUGGUGGAGCAACCGGAAGUGUCGGCGUGCUGACCUAUGACCUUUAUGAGCGGUCAAGGAAUGACUUCAUCGAGACCCUGGCCAUCAUGUUCUCAGUUCCCUGGGACUACAACUUCUACAAGAAUUGGUUUGCAGUGGGCAUCUAUAAAAGGGGCCGUACAUGCGAUGAAGCCCUGUAUAAAGAAAUGUACUAUGAGAAAAAGCAGAAAGAACACGGCUUUGUCAGGGAGGAAGCCCAAGGAUCAGGAAUUAAUUAUGUUGGUGAUUACUUAGAUAUCAAAGCCACCAUGGGGCCCCUGGGUAAAGCCAUCAUGAAGGUGGAGGUAUGGGAUAAGCUGUUCACAACAGCAGGCCAACAGCCACACUAAAGACCCCCCCCCAACUGUAUUUUUAUCAUCAGUCAGAAUCCAUUCCUCCAUCACCAGCCUUCCCCUUUGAGACUCAUCCUAAAACAGCGAACACGCCUGAUUUCACAGACGUAUUGCUGCUGACAUGUGCUUGUAUACCUGGGUAUUACCCUUCAGAAAAAUCAGCUUAACAUCAGAGUUUAGUUUGUGUGUAAAUCCAGGCAGCAGUAACCCCCGUUAUAGCAGAUGCCUCUGUCUGUUUCAACAGCAUCCGGCUUAAAAACGGCAUCUUUAGAAAUGAAAAUCAAAGGAUGACUCACUGGAGGAUGCGGGCACAUAGAUUAAUAAAACACAUUGUGCGCUUGUCUGUAUUUACCUUGACACUAUAGUCUGAGGAACAA